AUGCCUGAAAUCAUCCCUUCAUUGAUCAUAGCUGGCGAUAUGAACUACAGUUUCGACACCACCACAUACCAUCAUACUCACCGUGCAGGGAAACCCAAGCAGUUUGCCGAUUUCUUGAACACCCACUUUUCCGAUUGUCUCAAUCCAAAGAAUGAACCUCAUGCGUAUACCUUUCGGCGUGGGUCCACCAUGUCGACCAUCGACUAUAUGUUUGCAGGCCACGACAUAGCCUCCAAAAUGAGUGAUGCCACUAACUCGUUUAUCAGGCCAGAUUGGACAGACCAUGCUCUCUUGACCAAAACAUAUACUACUGGAUUGACUAACUGCGGUAAAGGACUUUGGCGAGCGAACCCUCACCUCGCCAAGAACCAUAAGUAUCGACAGAAACUAGACGACGAGCUUAGAACAUUUGUUGCGGUGAAACUCGACAGCUCUCUGUCUGCUCAAGAAAAGUGGGAUCUUAUUAAAAAGAAGGCCAAACAGGUUACUAUUCAGUUCACCAGAACACACGAUCAUUGGAGGAAGGCUAGAAUCAAGACACUGCAAAGUGAAAGGAACAAUUUGAUACGACGCUACAGACAUGACACUACUUGCUUGAGGCUACUGUUGCAGGAUGUGGAGAACGAGCUAGCCAAGUUGCAACAGGAAAUCGUGGAUAUUCAGCUUCUUAAGGCCGGGAAACGAUGGCUUGAAAAUAGUGAAAAGUCGCCUGGAUACAUAAAGCAGACCAGUAAACAACGCCUUGAUCAGCGAACCAUCCCCAACUUGAAGCACCCUCGUACUGGGGUCGACUGUCUCGACACUGCCUCCAAGCUGAACGCCGCAGAACGAUUCUACCAGAAACUGUACACCGAAGAACGGAUAGACUCUACCUGCCUGAACAAAAUGCUGGACUACAUCGACACCACUCUGUCAGCCGACGACGCCAACCAGAUCACCGCAUUAAUAGACUACGACGACAUUCUGCUAGGGUCUGCUCGAACUCCCAAAGAAAGCAGCCCAGGAUUAGAUGGUAUCGGGUAUGAAAUCUUAUAUCUCAUUAUAUCUCACCCUAGCUGCCGAGACAUCGUGCACCAAGUAUUUAAUGACGCUAUCCAGCACGCCAAAUUUCCCAAAUCAUGGCAGGAAUCUUGUAUUAUCCUUCUGUUUAAGAAAGGGGACCGGAGCGAUCUCGCCAAUUAUCGCCCCAUCACAUUGAUUGCGGCCGACUGCAAAGUCUUUACUCGUAUUAUGAACUCUCGUGUCAUACCAGUAGCCAACAAACUCAUCAACCCAUAUCAAUGCGGCUUCUUGUCAGGUCGAUAUAUCGGUGAUCACGGCAUGUCUCUCAGGGUAAUUAUGGAUAACGCUUCAUCCGCCAGCUGGCGAAAUGCAACCAACUUUGUCGAAUACACUGGAAUCAUGCUGGACAACGCCAAAGCAUAUGACAGAGUCCACCCCCAGUAUCUCUCACAAGUACUGUUGAAGUUUGGAUUUCCACCACAAUUCGUCGCCUGCAUCCUCAACCUGUUUUUCGAUAACUUCAUCCAUGUCAACAUCAACGGUUUUCUGACGAAACCUAUCGCACAACGACGAGGCAUUCGGCAAGGUGAUAGCAUCUCACCUGUCCUAUUCAAUCUAGCUAUUGAACCGUUCCUCUUAUCCAUCAUCAACAACACUGCAAUCUCAGGCUAUAGUCUUCAGCACACCAAACUACCCAAAAAUGUGCAGAUCCCGUGGGUGUCUCCUGCUCCCGUUAAGGUCUUAGCUUAUGCGGAUGAUGUUCUCACGUAUGUAAAAUCUCAUUCAGAACUAACUGAACUCCAAAGAAGACUUAAGACGUACAACCGGGCCUCCAAUGCCAAGAUUAACUAUGACAAGUCAGUGGCAUUUCCCUUGCACGGCGGUAGCAUGAAAGGGUCUGAAGGCCUCAGAGUCCAAGAUCACAUCAUCAACCGGCUCAAGAUGAAAUGGUAUGACAGCCACUCUCCCGGGUAUAUCAAAUAUUUGGGGUACCCCAUCUGGUUCUCCAACCAUCAACGCGAUGUAUAUGUGUCUGAACUCCUUGGUAAAGUCAAAGCGGCGGUGGCGAUAUAUAGUCAACGGAAUGUGUCUCUGUACGGUAAAGCCAACAUCGCCAACAAUAUGAUCCUAUCAAAAUUAUGGCACGUCAUUCGCAUUGUAUCGCUACCUCUGGAUGUCUUGAAGCAACUGAAGUCCAUUAUAUACCAAUUCGUGAUGUCUGGCCUCUUCCCGCCACUGAAAGGAAACUCAUUUUUCCUACCGCGAGAUCAAGGCGGCCUAGGAUUGAUUGACAUUGGAGCUCAACAGCAUGCUCUUCAGUUUCGUUAUAUCAAGGUGCUCCUUCAAGGAAACAAGGGCUCGGUCCCGGACUUUACCUACCAGCUCCUGACCAACGCUCUCCGCCUAGCCCAUGACACACCCGACCAUGUAGUGCCCCUCUUCUUUAAAGCAGCGAGAUACAAGAACACGCUGAAUGGGUUCCACCCAUUCCACUCAAUUUUCGGUGCCAUGGACAUUUGCCGCCAACGAAGCUCACUGUGUAUUGAUUGGCAACGGAGGCCAAGCGCGCUGACCAUCCUGAGUCUCCCCCUCACUGCAAUCUUCACCUUCGAUGAAAAUUUGGAAGAACUUGAAUUUCUACAGUGUGAAACCGCCAAAACCAGCAAAGUCCAGGAAUUUUUCAAAUACAAUUCGGAGCAAGCCAUGUUUCAACUUGUUCCCAAGUCCACAUGUAGCAAGAGAAACACCUGGCUCAAGCUUGAAAAAGCCCUCCUACGACAAGAGUUGCAUUAUCAACCAUUCGUACACAACAACAGCACUGAAGAUGGUAUCGACCUGAGACCAUUUGCCGCAUCACUUCGCUUCCAACAACUAUCGAUCCUUCAGCUCUCAAACAAAAACGUUCGUUUCAUCAUGCAGUCAUUGGACACAUUAGACGUUGGCCGCCACUUCAACAACAACAUCUCCAAAAAGCAAUGGACAGCCUUCUAUAAAAACGACAUGCACUACUCGGCUCGUAAUCUGUGGUACCGGAUGCUCCAUCAGCAAUCCCCUAAUAAGCUCGCCCUCUUCCAAAGACACUUGCCCAAUUUAGAGUCUGAUCACUGCGAUCUAUGCAACGAAGUAGAAGAUGCCAAACAUCUUCUAAUUAGCUGUGCUCACAAGAUCGAUGUAUGGAACUCCACCUUCAAUGAGUUCCUCAGCUAUCCCAAAAAUGCUGACCCUCGCCUCGUCUACAACAACAUUAUGCUCCUCAAACUAGAACGCUAUCUCAUAUACAGCUACGAUAUGCAGUUCACUAUAUAUGACUUCUUCGCCACUAUUAUGCGUAUGAUUUGGAGAAAUCACUUCCAACAGCUCUACAAUUAUAUACCUUUUGAUCCCUCUGUAGUAUGCCGCCAAAUCCGCGCCGAAUUGAUAAGAUUGUCAAAUCUUAGGAAACUCUAA